GCCCGCCGCUGGGAGCCCUCCCCGGGGGGAUGUUUCUGCGGCCGCUGCCGGGAUAACCGGCGCGGCGCCCGCCCCCGCCCCGGACGGAGGAUGCUGCCCGCGCCGUGGCGGGUUCCAACUCGGGCAGCAGCGGCCGCGUCCCCCUCCUCGGCUCCGGGCAGCGUCGCCGGGGAGAGAUGAGUUCACGGCACCAGGCGGACUGGAUCCCUUACAGUGUUCUGGAUGAUGAGGGAAGCAGCCUGCGUCAGCAGAAGCUUGACAGGCAGCGGGCACUGCUAGAGCAGAAGCAGAAAAAAAAGCGCCAGGAGCCACUAAUGGUCCAGUCCAAUGUGGACAGUCGGACGAGGACACGCAGGACGAAACAUUCGGAGGAACAGGCGCCGUUGGUUGAGUCGUAUCUUAACAGCAACAGCAGCACCAUAUACCAGGUGCAGGAGGCCGAACAGGAGGAUGUAAAGGUGGUAGUGGACGCCCAAGCUCCGAAACCAACUAAAAAAACCAAGGGAUCAGCUGCGAGCUGUCAGACUAGCAGCACCAGAAAGGAGAAAAAAGGGAAACACAAAGGGAUUGAUGGCCCAGCUGCUUUUCAAGAUGAUGUUCAGAAGAUAGGAAGUCAAGUGCAAAUUCUCACUGUUGGACAGUCCAGCCAUGAUGAAGAUGAUGGAGAGAAAGUGGCUAGUGGUCAACAACAGCAAAGCAAACAAGAUCUUAGAACAGCAAUGCAGAAAAAAGAUCCCCAUGCAAAUCCAUCCUGGUCCUCUUCCACCUCCCAAUCCAGUCUUGUCGCCCUGGAUCAUGUUCCUGGCAUUUCAAGUAGCAUGAAUUUUGAUGAGGAAGAAGAUGAGGAAGAUGAAGACAGCUCCAGUUCUUCACAGUUAAACAGUAACACCCGGCCUGGUUCUGCCACGAGCAAGAAAUCCAACAAGGAAGCGGCCUCAGCCCCCAGUCCUUCCACAAAUGAGCCUCUCAUAGAUGUCGAUGACCUGGAGGAAUUCGCCAUAAGACCUGCUCCACAGGGUGCCACUGUCAAAUGCAGAAUCACAAGAGACAAGAAGGGAAUGGACCGAGGGAUGUACCCUACUUAUUACCUCCACUUGGAAAGGGAGCAUGGUAAAAAGGUGUUUCUGUUAGCUGGAAGGAAACGAAAGAAGAGUAAAACCUCUAAUUACCUCAUCUCUAUAGACCCAACUGACCUGUCUCGGGGUGGAGAGAGUUUUAUUGGAAAACUGAGAUCAAAUCUUAUGGGAACUAAGUUUACAGUUUAUGACAAUGGAGUAAAUCCAAUGAAAACAACAUCAAGUCUGGAGGCGAGUACCCUGCGUCAGGAGCUAGCUGCUAUUUGUUACGAAACAAAUGUCUUGGGGUUUAAAGGACCUCGUAAAAUGAGUGUGAUCAUACCAGGAAUGAAUAUGGACCAUGAAAGAGUUUCCAUCAGGCCACGAAAUGAACAUGAGACGCUUCUUGCAAGAUGGCAGAACAAAAACACAGAGAGUGUCAUUGAGCUGCAUAACAAAACGCCAGUCUGGAAUGAUGACACCCAGUCCUAUGUUUUAAAUUUCCAUGGUCGAGUCACACUGGCCUCGGUGAAAAACUUCCAAAUUAUUCAUGACAAUGAUCCUGACUAUAUAGUGAUGCAGUUUGGCCGCGUGGCUGAGGAUGUGUUCACCAUGGACUACAACUACCCAAUGUGUGCACUACAAGCCUUUGCAAUCGCCCUUUCCAGUUUUGACAGCAAGCUGGCUUGUGAGUAAAGGGGCGUGGGUGAGCAUCCUCUCAAAGGAAGCAGUUUGCCAUAUGAUUCCCAAUUCCUGCUGGUGUCACUUAUGGUCCAUAACAAAAAGGUCAGGGAAAAUGCAGUUGUGGAGGACUACUCUGUUGCUGAAGAGAAAGUAAAAGGAAUCUUCUAAAAAUUCAGGACAUUCAGGAAAUUAUAUUUUCCUUUUUUUUUUUGUUUUGCUUUUUUUUUCCCUGUCAUAUUUUUCUGGAAGUGACAUCAAGGUUUUGUAAAUAGAAGUUCUAUCUCAUGUCCCUGGUUAUGUUAUGGAUAUGUGCCAUGAUGUACUGUACCGUGGCUCCAGUAGCACCAUUACAGUGGUGUCUUUUUUAAAUCCAGAAAGGGCGUGAAUGCUCGAAAAGUUCCUUUUUACAUGUAAGAAUUAUUCUGAGGCUGCAAUCAUACCUCAAGGUUGCAUUCCUACAUCGACUAAUCAGAGCUUCACAUCAUCCAGCGUUAAAAGAAAGAUCAGAAAAAAAGAUCCACUUUUAUUUUUUUUGAUUGUGCAAGGAUCUCGUGUAGUAUAAAGCCAAGUGUGAAGGUUGAAAACCUAUACUGGACUGAACUUGAUGCAUUGCUAUUGUACAUGUAGUAGGGCAUGAUGAAUUUUAAUUGCAGUAGGAGGAAAUGGAGAAGUAGAAAGCACAAAACAAUGUUGCACAAGUCACUUGAAUUCUAAGCUGUUGUUAUGUUUUAACAUCUACAUGCUUUUUAAUUUGUUUCAAAUGAAAAUGUACUUGGAGUACAGAAAAGGGAAAGGGAAACAUCUAGAUGCCAAGAAAGCAUAACUUAUGUUGAAUUUGGCAUUUUGUGUGCUGGGAAUUUAUAUCCUUGUAUUGCUCUGGUAAUUCAAACACAUAUUUGUAUGAAGUGAUAUAAACAGUUGGAUAAAGGCUCUCUGCAGCGAAUCUUAUUAUUUUGAACAGGCUGUGUAAAGCUGAGGAAGGUAAAUGGAAAUAUUUUAUUAAAUUUGUCUGGCCUUUUGAGCUUUUACAAUUUGUUGAUUGCAUUUUUGAACUUUGAGCAACAACCACUUCUCAUAUUUAUUUCCCAUUGUAAGAAUGCUUGAAAUCGAUUGAAACUGUGUAUGUUGUUCUCUGAUGUAAAUGUGCCAGCUACUGAGCUAAAUCCUUCUAGGCAAAUCUAGUGUAUACUGCAUACAAAUGAGACACUGGCAGGACACAGAAUACCUUAAAAUUGUGUGGAAUUUUUGUUUCCUUUUUUCUGAUUUAUCUGGAAAUAUAUAAAAAAAAUACCAUUUCAAAACACAAGCAAAGAAAAAAGCAUUCCAUUAUCUUCUCUCCCGGACAUCUCAAAAGCCUAGAGCUGCAACUGAAAGCACCUUGUAAAACACCUUUAAAAAUAAUGGUCUUUCUGCCAUUGUUCUGUACAAUGUUAUCCACAAUGGCAUACAAAGUAAUAGAAUUUAUAUGUAGUUCAUCAGAAGGGUAUUGAAAUGUGAGUCAAGUGAAGAAGUUGUAGUGUUUUAUACUGUGUGUAUUUAGGUCCUCCUUUUUACUCCUUAUUGACUCUUGCAUUGCACAACCAAAGAUUAUGUAAUGCAAAAAGGAGAUCAAAUCAUUGUCUCAUAGUUACCAGUUCCUUUCUGACUGUAAGGGAAAGGCCACAAGGCUGUCCUUAAGGUUGUGCCAUUUAGACUCUAUAAUUUCAACUAAUAAAAGAGAUAUACUCUCUUUUUCACCUUCACCUUCAGGUCUCCUUCCCAGUUUACAGACAAGGAAAUUUCAUGGAAGAGAUGAAAAUAAGAAAUUGCUAGCAUUUUUUCUAGUCUUUUAAACAAUGUAUGGAGAAGAGUCUGCUGGCUUUGCUGGUGUUUUGUCGAAGGACUCAGCCUGUCAAAUAUUGAGUUAACAGGAAGUUCUACCUUUUUUUUUCCAAAUCUUUUUGCAAGAAGCAUUUCCAUGCAAUGGUAUAAAAUGAAAAGACAGCUUUUGUUUGAGAGAAAUGAGCAGUCAGUUCCCUCAAUGAAUGACCAAAGUGUUGAGUCAUGAGCUGCAGUGUGAUCCUUAGGCUUUGCACUUGGAUGUUUUUCUCUGUAGCUGGUGGUUUCCCACCAUUUCACAUCCCCAUCUGUCAUCUCACUUUAAAUUUAACAGAGAAGGCCCUUAGGCCUUUGCUUACCUCAUAUCAGUCUUUAAAAACUAGCUCCAGUGACACCCAGAAUUUUUUGUUUAGACUACUGCAGAACCAGUCAGGAAUUCCCACUGCUGGCAUUUAGGUUUGAUAUGGAUUUCAAGAACUCUGCAGCACGGGAAUGGUUGAAUCUGCAUGGCUUUAAUUCUGUGCCUUGCCAGUCAUACGCUUUCUUUAAAGCCUGAGAAAGUGGCACCUGACACAGUUUUGUGCUUCUCUCUGUGCACAGCACUGUGUCAAAGGAACUAAGUGUCUUACAGUGCAAAUACACAAUCUGCUGGCUUUUGUAGUGGAGUUGGUUUAGGAAGGGUUAUUUUUAAUGCAGAUCAUAACAAUGGUGUGACUCACAUCAUGACCCCACUGGGAAUUGGCAUGAAAGGAAGCUCAUGUGCAGUGAACUCCUGCACAAGGGUGAGAAUGAGGGGCUGGGGAAAGGCAGCGGGUUCAGCUUCUUGGGACAGUUUUGCUGCCAGCACAUUGUGUAACUUCACUCUCACUGCAUGUUCUUCCCAGCCAGGUAUUUUUUUCAACCUGUAACCAUGCCAGGAGGAAAGUGGUGACUCAAAUUCCCAUCAUCUUAGCAGAAUUGUACGGGGCCAUCAGCCAACGAGCGGCUGAGGAAAAAACUCCCCACCACAAAUUGAGGUCACUAGGGGGGGAUGUUAACCUGGGACUAAGGAAUGAGGAGCUCUCAUUAAAUCUGAUUCAGUUAGAAUAGGAUUUGUUCUUAGUGGCCUUUGCCAAAAGCCUGAUUCCUCACUGUUGUUGAGCAAGGUACUGGGUUCUUUUGAUUCACCUGACCUUCACCAUCUGCUCUGGAAGCAGGUGCUUCUAAUUUAAAAUCUAUUAUUUCUGAUGGGCAUUUUCUGGUGAACGUCUCUACUGCAUGUCAAGGCAAGGUGAUAUCACAAGCUUUCCAGCACAUCUCUAAAUUUUGUUCUCCUAACAUGGUAAAGCCUUAGCACAGAGUCAUACCUGAAAUUACACUGUUCUCAAAAAGUUAGAUUUUCUCCCACACGAGUAAUAAAAUCUUGGUACCAGUAAGUAUUUUCAGAGAUACAUGCAUACUAAAGUAACCAAGUGGCACACUCAUAUUAAUAACUUGUGCUGGCCCUGCAUGUCAAUGUGCAACAGGGCAUAACCUUGUUUACUCAGUGUGACAAAGAAUAUAAUGGCCCUGAGCUGUGUAUUUCCUUCACAUAGUCCUGGUGAGUGUUUGGAUACAGUAGAUUUAAUAUUAUUUAAAAUCCCAAUAUUGAUGAUUUUUUGCAUCUGCUGUUGAUUUUGGCAGAGCUGUAAACAAAUUCCUUGCCUGAAUUGCUUACAGGCAAAUACUGCAUGCUUUAAUGAGAGUUCUUAAUCUAACUUGUCACUCUGUUUACAUCAAACAGUUUCUUCCUGGCCCUUUAUCUAAUUUUCUUCAUCUCUGAUGUUCUGUUCCUUCUCAUUCUCUUCACAAUUCUUUUAUCUGUUCUUUAAGGAUGUGCAACUCAAAAGUGUUUGACAAUAUUAUUCAGUGAUCUCUCCACAGAUGAAUAAUGCCUUUGGUGCUCAUUCAGUGAUGCUCCUACAAUGGAAGCCUUAUCAGAGGGAUGAAUUUGGCCCUUUGGCUUUUCAGUAGAGUAAAUUAACACAUUAAAAGGUAGCAGAUAAAAAAGCUUGCCUAAAAUAUAAUCAGAAUUUUUCUCAGUAAACAUUCAGUAACUGAAGUUUCCAAACCAUUGGUUGCAAAUCAAUGAGCAGAGCUGUCCACAAACCCGGAGGCAGGCUGUUAGAUUCCCUUUGUAGUGCUGCCUUAUUUUUCCUUUUUUCAAAAGGUUGAAAGUGAUUUUGUGAGCUGAAGUGUGUUGGUUGCCUAUAAUAGAGUUUGUUUUUUAGAAUCUAGACAUCACUCUGCUCGUUUUGUAGGAUAAUAUAUGGCACAUAAAAUAGUAAUGUCAUAGGCUAUUGUUACAGACUCUGAUGCUAAGAAAUCUGUGAGAACGGUUUUGUAAUAAUUACUGGGCAAAUCUCUGGCUAUUCAAGUUGCCUUACAAUAGUGCUGGAGUUCCCAGCUGGCUGUCCUCAUGAGGUACUACAACUGAAGGAGCUGUAGUGAAAAGGGCUCUGUAAUAAAAUCUGGUGGCUGCACAAUCGAAAAACAUUAUUGUGGAGUCAAAUGACACCACUGAGUUUUAUCAGUCAUGGUGAACCAAUUCCAUCAAUUCAAACUUUGAGGUUUUGCUCCCUUAUGAUGAACAAAGGAGGGAUUUUAAACAAGCAGAGACACCACUGAAUCCCUAAAAGCAUUGAGUGUUAGACCUACUUUUCUGCUAUAAAAAUCUUACCCCUACCCGAGAGCUUCCCAUUAAAAAGGAAGGAACUCAAUCCAGUCCUUAGUAUGGAAAGUCACUCCCAGUUCUUGUAUCUUACGUUUUUGCAAAUUUUAUUAAUAAUUUGUUAAUUUAUUAGUGAUUUCACAUAGGAUGCAACAAGAACUGGGAAACGAGUUCUUGCCCUGAAGGAAUGAUGAGUCUAGACCAGUAUUGGAAUAUUUCGUCUUUGUUUAUUUUAAUAGGACAGAACAGGGGUUUGCCUGGUGUUCCUGGCAGAGAAAGUUUCUCCUAAUGUGUGGCAGGUAUCAGAGGAAAGAUUUUGGGUUUGAUCCUAUGGCAUCUUAACUAUCUGCCCCAUGCUAUCCCAUCACUCUCCCAAAAUAUUAUUUGCAAGACUUUUCCUACUUUUAGAGAAGCAUGUGCUCACCAGUAAAUAACUUUGCUUGGCAAUUAAGGACAGCACAGCAGUCACCUUUAUUAGAAUUAAUGGCCUGAUAACUCAGAUUUCUCAAAAGGCCUAAUUUCGAUUACUAGAAUAAAAUAGUUUUAUACACAUAAAUCUUGCAAUAGAAUUAAUUUAGCUGUAGAUGCAAGCUUCUCAUGUAUGUGUUACUUAAUGAAAACAGGUUUCUCUUGCCCCUCAUGUAUGAGAAGUACCUUCCAGGGUUCUGCUCUGUAAGUGUUUGAAAUUAAUUAGGUAGACACUUUUCAGUUCUUUUUGUUGCUCACCAAGGAACUAAGAAAAGAAUUUGCACAACUCUCUCAAUGCUUUGGUAUUUUGCUAUGAACUAUAGCUCAGUAGCUGAUACUCACAAAUGCCUGUAUAUUGGAUGAAAAUGCAUUAAAACUUGUUUUGUAUGUUGUAUUUUAUUUAACUGCCUAGAAAUUAUAGAUUCCCCUUUUUCAGUAAGGGUAUGUUUAUCUAUACCUUCACUGGUGAGAAGACUUGAAUUAACUGGCUUUCUUGAAACUGUUUAAUGGAACCAGUACUCUGGUUUGCUCGAUGGCUUUAGGAAGAGGAUGCCAUUCAGGAAAAUUAUGCUUACAUUUUUGAGAAAAAAACCCUUUCCUAUUCACAUUAUAAUUGGAUUACACAAUAACACUGGAAGCUUAUCAUGGUUUUAUUUAAAUCUGCAAUGGCAGUUUGAAAAUUACUCUGGCAAAAGCUUGUUAAGCUCAUGAACUGGAACGAAGUCCUACUUGAGAGUCAGAACCUAGCAAGUACCAGAGAAUACUCAUGCAUCUGUUUUGGUGCUUGGGUACUGCUUGGGUGCGGAAAAAGUCCUGAAGAGUCCAAAUCUGUGUUAAAAUCAGCCUAGUCUUUCAGGUUAUCCAACAGCUGAUACAACAUAGGCCUGGGGAUCAGAUCACCUGGCUGGUAAUCCCAACUGACUGUCUGACUUUGUGCAAAUCUUGGAACCUAUUUGUGCCUCCAUUCCAACAAGUUGAAUGGAAAUACAAAUUUUCAGCUUGCCUAUGUCUGUCUCUUAUCUUCUGAGAGGUUUCUCAGGAAUAUUUUGAGGCUGGUGGAUGACAAGUGGUGUUGCCAUGCUCUGAACAUUAUUUAAUUCUCACUGAAGGAACCUCAGUAAAAAUAUGAAGUUUUCUGCCACCUGUGUAGAAACCGAAUAGCUAACCAAUCUGCUAGGAUAAAAUCAGGAUGCUCUUCAGUUCUAUGGAAAUCUUGUCAAUGAUCUCAGUGAGGCUUCAGUUUUUCUACCUUGUGUCAUUUUUGGUUACUAGAAGUGCAGAAAAAACAGUAGGACAAACCAUCUGAUACACUUUUCCUCCUCACAGUGAUGUGUUGUUUGUUGUGUUUUACUUUGCAGCACCAGUUGUUUCAAAACUUUUAUUCCUGAACAUGAUGCAGAGGUUCAGUUAAUGCAACCACCUAUUUAUGCUUUUAUGUAGCAAACCAAGACACUUGGUGAUUGUGCUGCAAAUUGCAUUUUUGUACUUUGUUUGUUUUUUUCACUUGGAUGCGACUCAGUUGUUCAAAACUGUUUUUACUGCAAACUUUGACUCUGUCACGCACAUCUGAUUUAAAAACAAUGACUCUCAUGAUUUAUGACUACUUUUAUGCUGAAAUGGGAUGUUUACAAUGCAAUGUUUCUCACAUUUCACCCUGUAUCUGUGGCUUCCUACUGAGUCUAUCCCAGUUGGCACAAUGCCAUUAGAAGUGUGAUAUAAAGUGAACUCUCUCAAAGUACCAGAAUUCAACUUAUAAACAUUUUAAUAACUUUCAACAUUAAAAUCUAGCUGAUUUUAAUGCUUACAGGUUGCGUGAAAUUUCAAAGAGAUUAUUUGUUGAAAAUUUUCUUUCCUUAAGCUUGUUUUGAAGUUUGAGCUCUCAUUUACGAUGUUAGCUUCUGACCCUGCAGCUCCAUCUGUGCAAGCCAAACAGAGCUUGGCCUAUGCAGACUGCCAGACUUUGACUGCAGGAAUCUGUCAGUGUGAUGAGGACACAGUAAGUGAUGGGAUUUCUGAAGUCCUAACAAGAGUGCCCUUCCUCAUUCUUUUAGGCACUCUUGGACACGUAAGAAAUCACAUACCUUUCCUGUGUUGACUCACCAAAUAACAGCAGGAAUAUUUUUUCAUUCCCUUUGAAUUUUAAAAUUUUUUCUUAAGGCUACGCCUACUGUCUAGUUAAGUGUAACCUUAACAACAUUUAGUCUUGAUGUGUUGGAAAACUGUAUCAUAAGACCACUUAUUUUUGCCAGUGCAGAAAAUCACAUCAGUACACAAAACCAGAGUAUGUUGUGUGGCAGUGGGCUUUGGGCACUGCUCAUAGGAUCAUUAAGCUUGGAAAGACCUCCAGAUCAUCAAGUCCAACCUUUAACAUACUAUUAAGUUCAGUGUUCAAACAAGUUUGUGAGCUCUGGCACCUUUUAACAGGAGGUCUUCAUUCCAGACUGAGACAGCUGAAGAUAACCCAGUUAUUACCAUCCUGUUCUCUUCCCUAGGGAGAAUCUCCUGUCCUUGCUGGCUAGAUGUAGAAUUGUAUUGAUCCUGAUGUGUCUUUAAACAUUACAGCAUUUUUUAGCUAUUUUAAAAAUGUUUUCAAAGAUGUGGUUUAAGCUCAAAUAAAAUAGUCUUUGAAGUAGUUAUAGGUGUACCAAGUUGAUUUAGUUGAGAGGCAGCUGCGUUUUCCAGGCCUUUCCUCAGUUUUUGUAUGAGCAGCGCUUGAUAGUCCUGCUGGAAAAAAACAUAACAUAGCUACUAUAAUAUGCUUUCCUUGGGUUUUGCCUUAUGAUUCUGCUGUUUCGUGCACCUCUAGGUUUAUUUCUGAGGGAAGUACUUCCAGUGCUAAACACAAGUAGAGCAGUGUUUUCUAAUAAAGUCUCUGCCUCAUUUUC